CCAGAUCUCCGCACGAUGCCCGUGGCGCCGACAGAUCCGUGUCACCACGGCAGUUCCAUCAGGAGCAAAACCAUUGAAAUCAACCAGUUGCAGGUUCCAGCAAGUCCCUACUUGUGCUACUCUCAAACAGACAGUCUCAGAAGAGCCAGACAUGGCUUUUCCCAUCUUCAAGAUUGCCUUGCUUGGAGGCCUCAUGGUUCUGGCUUACGCAUCGGAGCCAUACAAACUGAUGCCACAUGGUGGUUCAAACUUAGGAGUGGUGAACGGGAGCACUUUUCUGGAGGGAGAGGAGUCAGCCUGGGACAGUAACAGUAAGGAGGAUAGAUCUGUCCCCCCGGGUGAGAUUGCUCGUCGCUACCGCCUGUGGAGGGCUUGGAAGAACAGAAGUCGGGCCAUGAAUGCUAGACGGCGUCGAUGCACCCACAACCCACGUUGCUGCUCCAUGAAGUGCGUGGAUCAGCCAUGGAUUCCACUCGUCAGUCUAGCACCACGACUGUGGCAUCCGAGGUACAGCGUGACUGUCUGCCGAUGUGUCUGCUCCUGCUAACUUACUUAGUAAGGUCCGGUCACAAUCACAACGAUCAAUAGUGACCGACCUUUUUUUUUUCUUUGGGAACAUCUCCUAGAACAAGACAGCUGAAUUUCGCAUUACAAAGCUACAGCUAUUCUGAGAAUACCCAAGAUUUACUGUUGUAAACUGUGUAUGACAAACGUGAGAAAUUAUAUGGAAUCUAUGACUGCCCAGAAGAUAAGCCUGGAGGACAGCAAUAGUGUA